GUUGGCCAAGUUUGAGGUCCAGGAAAGGCUGAAAUGGGCCCGGGCCGGAGCCAACUGGGUGACGACGACCCUGGCGGCGAAUUCGCUGGCGGCUAGUAAGGGAAAGGGCGGUGGCGGCGGUGGUGGUGCUGUUCCCCCGCCGCAACAUCCUGUUCCUGCUCCACGUGGUGGCCACAAUGGGGUCGUCACCGCGCAGAAGGAGACCACUUCGUUUGUUCAGCACCAGCAGGAGGCUUAUGGAAACAACCAGCAGCACCACCAGCGACGGACAUCGCAAGACCUGCAACAAUCAACUUUCAAUCAGUUGUUUCAACAGGGGCAGCACCAGGCAAGGACAAAUGCGAGUGGAGCUGUUUCAUCUGCCCACCAGGUCAAUCGGGUGCCACCCCCACCGCAGCCACUUGUAACGACGCACAGUAGUAACUACGCAGGGAACAACGGUUCGUGUAGUGCCACCUCUUCUGGCGGAAGUAGUGUGAAAAAUAACGCGGGCGGUGGAAAUAACAGCGGUAGAUCGAGGCAAAGUAAAAAUCACUACCAGAACAACAGUAGUGCUUUUUUUCACAACGGAAAUAUAGUAGAUGGUAGUACUUCUACUUCUGGAAGCGGC